ACCCGGGGUGGCACUGCGCGUCCGGACGACCCUCCCAGGGACCCGCCUGUCCCGGGCCGCUCCCCAGCAGGUCCCCCAGCCACAGGCUUACCUGCGGGCUCCCGAGUCCUCCGGGCUUUCAGAGGAUGCCCAGGCCACCGGCUGGGGCUUCGGGGCAGCAGUAAACGGGGCAUCCAGCCCCUCGCUCAGCUCUUCCCCUCCUGUGCCAGGGGCUCCCCCAGGGGGACGAGCAUGGUGGUUUUCCCUUGGAGGCCCCUGGCUCGGGACGUCUGAGAAGAUGCUUGCCUUGAGGCUGGCCACUUGCUUCCUGCAGCUCCUGGCUGGGCUGGCGCUGCCCACGGUGCCCCCCCAGCAGUGGGCCUUGUCUCCUGGGAACAGCUCAUCAGAGGUGGAAGUGGUGCCCUUCCAGGAAGUGUGGGGCCGCAGCUACUGCCGGGCACUGGAGAGGCUGGUGGACAUCGUGACUGAGUACCCCAGUGAGGUGGAGCACAUGUUCAGCCCAUCCUGCGUGUCCCUGCUGCGCUGCACCGGCUGCUGUGGUGAUGAGAACCUGCACUGUGUGCCGGUGGAGACGGUCAAUGUCACCAUGCAGCUCCUGAAGAUUCGCUCUGGGGACUGGCCGUCCUAUGUGGAGCUGACAUUCUCUCAGCACGUACGCUGUGAGUGCAGACCUCUGCGGGAGAAGAUGAAGCCAGAAAGCCACCCUCUCCUGACGCUUUUGGCUUAUUGCAGGAGGAGACCCAAGGGCAGGGGGAAGAGGAAGAGAGACAAGCAGAGACCCACAGACUGCCACCUGUGCGGCGAUGCUGUUCCCCGGAGGUAACCAGCUCCUUGGUGGAGAGACCCCAGCCCCGGCUCGUGUAUUUAUUACCGUCACUCUGUUACCUCCCUGCUAGCACCUGCCCUCUAUUUAUUAGCGAACUGUAUCCCUGCUGAAUGACUCGCUCCUUCCAAAUGAGGGACAGGGAGGGACAGGACCCUCAGGAACUCAGUGCCUUAAACAGACGUGAGAGAAAGAAAGAAGCCAGCCACAGACCCAUGGAAGCUUCAGCUUGGGAAGAAGCAAGAUGUGGCCUUACGAGGGACAAGCCAGGCCCCAGAGGCCCCAGGGGUCUCAGGGGACUGGAGAAGGACAGAGAGGAGGACCCACCACCUGUUCCUGGGCCUCGGACUCUGCCCAGAAAAACAGCCCUUGUGCGGGGAGCCCCUGGCUAAGGUAGGGGUGCAGGAGGCUGCUUGGCUGCCACGGCCCCUGCUGGAUGGCUGGGCAGGCAGUGGCAGAGGGCAUCGGCCCUUCCGCCGCCACUUCCUCCUCCUCCUGGCAGCAUCUCUUCGCCCUGGAGAUCAGAACGUUCAGCUGGAGAGAACAGCGGUUGCCUGGGGUCUCUUGCCACUCCUUGUCCCCUAUGGUCUCUCCUCACAUUCUGCCACCUGCUUAUGCUGGGAUAUUGUUCCUUCCAGACAAGGCACCACCAUCCUGCCCCCUCUCAGGGACACUGAAAGAGUGGGCCCCCGGCUGGACAAAGAGCAGCCCAGC